AUGGAAAGAAUGGUCAAGUCAUCGCCGCCCAGGGGUCUUGGUGAAAUAGUGGAGCACAUGACUGCCAGAGCUGACAGGCACAAACAUCCAAUGAGCUCGCCAAUACGACACCGUGUGGAGUCAACAGCAAGCCCGAGCCGAACAAGUGUUUUGACCAAGGAUGUGGCAAAAGGGAUUAUAAGUGGAGCCUCAGGCUCUCCAGGUAGCGGAAUUGGACCGCCGGCUCACUUACAUGGUCCCUUAUUGACGAGGUCCAGUACACGACGCGCAAAGUUCGUUCCUAUAAAGCAGCAGCAGCAAAGGCGAAACCUGAGACGUGAUGAGCUCAGAGUUUUGCGACGUGGUGGGUGGGAUUUCAUGGGUGAUACUGUGUUGAGAGGAGAGGCUGCCGAUGAAGAACGCGCACUACUAGAGCAGGCUCAGUUGGCUUAUGAUAAUGCCUACGAUGCCGAUUAUGAUAAUGAUGAUGAGGAUCCGGAUUAUGAGCAGAUGCGACUGGCUGAAAUGGUGGAGAUGGAGGAGCUAGAGAUCAUGGAGCUGGUGAAGGACUUGGACGAGCUGGAUGUGUCUUCGCCCAAACCAAAUUAG